CGGGGGCUGGGUCUGGCAGGCUGUGGGGCUGACUGCGCGGCGAUCGGCUGAAGCGGCCCGGUUGCGGCCUGCUGGACCAUGCUGAGCGGAGCGUGCGGCUGGCUCGCCUCAGCGCUGCGGGGCCCACGCGUGCCGCCGUUCGCGGUCGCCCGUAGGUGCCUUCACGCGUCGGGGUCACAGCGGUCCACGGACAAGAGCGAGAGGCCCGGAGACCCGCCCCGCGCCUUCGACCCGGCGCUGCUCGAGUUCCUGGUGUGCCCCCUCUCUAAGAAGCCGCUCAGAUAUGAAGCAUCGACAAAUGAAUUGAUUAAUGAAGAGUUGGGAAUAGCCUAUCCAAUUAUUGAUGGGAUCCCUAAUAUGAUACCGCAGGCAGCUAGGAUGACACGUCAAAAUAAGAAGCAAGAAGAAAUGGAGCGGCACUAGAUCAUAUUUAAAAACAGCAACACACACAACUAAACUUUCUUAAUACCACUUCCUUUUUAAAAGUCAGAGUGGCAGGUAAUAAGUGGGGGAGAAGAAUGUUUCUGUCUCUUCCAACGUUGACUGUCCUUAUUCCAUUGGUCUCUUUAGCAGGACUGUUCUACUCAGCCUCCGUGGAAGAAAACUUCCCACAGGGCUGCACUAACACAACCAGCCUAUGCUUUUAUAGUCUGCUCCUGCCCAUUACCAUACCAGUUUAUGUGUUCUUCCACCUUUGGACUUGGAUGGGUAUUAAACUCUUCAGGCAUAAUUAAUACAACCAGAGCCAAGAGGACAUAUAUGUCAUGUCUAUCUCUGAAAGCUCAACUACAUGGGAAUACUGGAAACCCACUUAAAUUGCAGGAAGUUGCUUUGCCUUGCUUCUCUCAGAGGUUUAGGACUAUGGGAGGCCUA